AUGUCUUCGUUCCAAGGCACCAUCUCCAUCACCCACAUCACCACCGCCACGGCGAUCAUCAACAUCGACGGCAUCCGAUUCCUCACCGACCCUGUCUUCUGCCCCGGCGGAUCCCAAUACAUCUACGACGGGUGGUCCAAGGCUCCCAACCUGAAGGACUUUGGAUUCGAGGGCCGUCCUCCGGCAGGUGUUCUGACCAGCACCGAAGACCCUGCCCUCCGGCUCCACGACCUCCCUCCCAUCGACGCUGUGCUACUCAGCCACGAAGACCACGUCGAUAACCUCGACCCCCUCGGCCGCCAACUCCUCGACGGCCGCCGCGUCUUCACGACCCCCGACGGUGCCAAGAACCUGCAACCUCGCCCGGGCGUCGUCGGCCUGCAACCGUGGCAAACCGUCACCGCGAAGAUCGGCGGCAAGGAGUUCCGUAUCACCGGCACCCCCUGCAAGCACUUCCCCGGCGGCGAAGUCACCGGGUUCAUCCUGGAGGCGGAAUCUUUCGGGAAGGGUGCGAAUGGCUUGCCGAAUGCGGUGUACUUCUCGGGCGACACGGUCUGGAUUGACGAGUUGGCGAACAUGAAAGAUAAGUGGAACAUCUGCGUGGCGGUGCUGAAUCUGGGAAAUGCGCUGUUCUCGCACCCGAACGGUAUCUUGCAGAUUACGUUCGAUGGGAAGCAGGCGGCGCAUUUGAUGAGGGUGACGGGGGCGGAGAUCAUGGUGCCGAUCCAUUUCGAGUCGUGGGAGCAUUUCACGGAGCAUAAGGGGGAGUUGCUGGCUGUUUUUGAGCAGGAAGGCGUGCAGGAGAAGGUGCGAUGGUUGGCGCCAGGGGUUGAGACUUCGGUUGUUUAA